CAGGUGAUUUAGGCAGUGGUCUAAACACUGGGCUCAGUUUACACUGUGGCCCAUGCUGAGCCCUGGACCUCUGAGGAGGCCAUGUGCGGCUAAGCCAAGGCCUCUGACCAACUUGCCUCCUUCUCCCCAGAUCUCCAGGCCCAGCGGAAGGCAACUGUUCACAGCCUGAGGGGCUAGCCGCCUGCGAAGCUCAGAGACCAGCAGCCUUGCGCCCAGCUCAGCAGCAAGAUGUGGACAGCCCUGGUACUGGUUUGGAUUUCCUCCGUGCCCUUAUCUCAAAGCCAUACGGUGUCUGACGAGCCACGGUCCUUAGGCACAACCAAGAUGUGGCCUAGAGCAGUAAAACAAAGCGUGCCCAGGGACACAGUUCCAAGGGCUGAUACUAUACCCACAGAGCGAACAGCCACAGUGCCACCUGCUCCUGUCACACCGACCACAGGGACCCAGGCAGCCAGCCUGAACUCUACCAAAGCAGAGGUGACAACACACUGGGCAAACAUGAGCACUUCAACAACCGGAGAGGGUACGACAGACCGCACGACCUCCAGAACUCUUGCGCCACCCACGUCAUCAGGCCCCUCAUCUGCGGGGCAGACACAGCCCAACACCACUGCUGGGCUUCCGUCUCUCAGCACACCACGUGCAGAAGUGCCAAGUACAAAUGCCAGCACAUCACCAAGAACAGCCACAGUGACAACUAUGGCCCCACGUACCAGGACUGUUGCUGCAGGCACCCCACAUACCAGGACUGUUGCUGCAGGCACCAUAAACACAAGUGGACCUCCCACAGGGACGCUGAGUCCUGCCAAAAGCACACCCACUAACACAUCUACCAUGAGCCCCCUACUCACCUCAGGUGUCCAAUCACAAGGUACCACCAUCCAGGUGACAACAGGACAGCCAGUGCAUAGCACUGUGGGUAGAUCAACACCUAGUCCCUCAGACACUACCCUAGAGACCACCACCACCCGUUCUGUGGCUUCGGUGUCUCCUACAGUAGUGACCACCACCACUCAUUCUGUGGCUUCCGUGUCUCCUACAGUAGUGACCACCACCACCCGUUCUGUGGCUUCGGUGUCUCAUACAGUAGUGACCACCACCCAGGUACAAACCAGGGAGCCUCCUACCAGCCUGAGCCCUGAACUGGAAGCCACAUCCCUCACAACACAGCCAAGCCCUGCAUUACCUACCCAAGGGCCAGGCGGGCCAGGCACACCCCUGACAACAGAGCAGGUGGAAACCAAAACCACAGCCAGUACUGCCUCCACUGGGCCAACACCCAGGAGCUCAGGGGACCUUAAGGUGCCAACCACAGACGCGUGCCAGUUCAGCACCCAAGGCCAGUACCUAGUGGUCACCACUGAGCCCCUAACCCCAUCCUUAGUGAACAGAAUGUUACUUCUGGUGGUGCUUGUUCUUGGGGUGACCCUCUUCAUCGCAGUCCUGGUGAUGUUUGCCCUGCAAGCCUAUGAGAGCUACAAGAAGAAGGACUACACGCAGGUGGACUACCUGAUCAACGGCAUGUACGCUGACUCGGAGAUGUGA